UUCGCCUCUGACGCGAGGCUGCAUUACGUAGAUUUUCGCGGCCUUCAUCAGCAGAUCAGGCUGGAGUCACGUGUGGAAACGGCGCCGAAUCUAGCAUAG